CUUAUUUGUAAGUUGCAAAGUUUGAUCACCAAACCUUCACUACAAUUCCCCAUUUAUUUAAACAAACCCACCCCACAUCCAGAAACACAAAAAUCAAGAAAAAACAACAAGAGAAAAUGGAGAUGAUCAAAUCCAUCAUGACCCUGUUCAUAUCAUUAACAAUAUUCAUCAUCAUUUUCAGAGCUGAAGAAAUCAAUGCUCAGUUUGGCCAACAACAACAACAACAGAACCAGCAGAAUCAGCAGGGCCAAAAUCAGGGGCAGCAACCAUCAUAUUCAUCAUCACCAGCAGCAAACAAUUGUGUGCAACAACUUCAGCCCUGUUUGGAGUAUCUGGAUGGAAACAGGGAUCCACCAAACAGCUGUUGCGACCCGUUACGAUACGUGAUCAAAUCCGAGCCAGAGUGCCUGUGCAGUAUGAUCAGCAUCAGGGGAGCUAAUCAGGCUGAAAGGGCUGGAAUCAACUUGACUAAUGCUCAACAGUUGCCGGCCAGAUGCGGAGAGCGCAUCAAUCCUCUGGGCUGCAUUCUUGGUUCAAACAGCUCAAGUUCUUCCGGUUUAACGUUGUGGACAGUUCCAAGCUUGAUCAUUAUGGCUGCUGCUUCAUGGAUUUUUGUUUUGUAAUGUGUCUCUUCUGUUUUCUAGCAAGUAGAAUCCUUUGCCAAAAUCAUGUCAUUUAUGCCUUAUUUUCUUUCUUUUUCAUUUAACAGAUUUGCACAGAGAUAAGUGGAAUAUGUCCAAAUUGUUAUUGCUAAUGGAUGAUUUAUAUUGAUAACAAUCCCUUGAAUGCAAUAUUUCCUUUUUCAAAUAUUUUUUCCUUCUGCAUGAUAUAGUAUCAAACAGAAA